AUGAUUUCGAUUCAAACGAUUACCCGAUUUGGGCAAUAUUUCGGAUUCUUUGGAGCUCUUGUCUUCAAUACUAUUGUUUUAACCCUUAACUACUAUAAUGCUCCAACUUCAUUUGGCACCUAUCGUUAUUUAAUUAACGCAUUUUCUAUUUAUGGAAUUGUUUAUGGAUGCAUUGAGAUUCUUACCUUACCGAUAAUGCUACUAGAGGACGUGAAAAAUGAAGCGGCAAAUCAAAUCUACUUUUUCUUCUUUCAGAUAUUCCAUACAAGCGGCGCCGGCAUCCUAGUCAUCGUCGACAGCGUUUUCCGGACGAAUCUCAUCAUCGGAAUGAAGAUCAUUUCAUUAUACUGCGCGUGUUUCUGCUUCUCCCUUUGCAUUCUAUCCACCCAUUUUAUUUAUCGCUCUUUUUCGGUGUGCCGUCCCGAAUGCCUCGCCGCAUUCAGCCCGCGCUAUCUUUGGCUAUGGCUUGUCGGAUGCGCGUCGUUAUCGAUCAUGUGGGGAUGCAUCUGCUAUUUCUUCUGUGGGCCCGAUGACGUGAAAAAUAAGUACUUUGGGCAACGAAUUAUUGUUUAUUAUAAUAUUGAAAUGAACGAAACUGCCUAUAUCGGACCAUUAUAUUAUACUCACAACCCACAUGACGGCACGAGAGCAUAUCGUUGGUCGGAAAUUAUUGCCACGGCUUGCACUUAUAUUAUAAUAAGCAUCACCCUGAAGAUAAUUUUCUUUUGCGGGUAUAAAACCCAUCGAAAACUGUUCCGUUUAUCCGGAAUUAUGUCAAACAAAUCGAGCGAUAUCAACAUCCAAUUACUCAAAACCCUCAUGUGGCAGACAGCUGUUCCGAUGCUCACCAUUUACAUUCCAAUCGCCUUCUUCUACUUUUUUCCGCUUUUCGAGAUUGAUUUGGGCGCUUGGAUGAGCGCUGUCGGCUUCGGCACUUCUCUCUAUCCCGCUCUUGAUCCAUUCAUUGCCAUAUUCAUGAUCAAACCAUUCCGUGAUGCCAUUUUGUGUAGAAAAAAUCGCGUCAGUUAUGAUGUUGGCAGUGCAACAAUCACCUAA